GACACAGAUCAGUAACAUGCAUGUAAACCCCGACCGACCUCCCGACGCAGCGGUGCUACUAUUCAAGUGAAUAACCUUAAAAAACAACGAGCUUCCGUCUCGGGUGUUUUAUCGGCUUCCUAUUCGGGUUUUGGAUCCACUUCCGACGCGAAAUGAAGCACCUAUUAAUGGAAUAACAACCUGGCAGUCAAUUAAUCGCCCCUAUCUUUUCUUGCAACAUUGUUGCAGCGUCGCGGCUAUUGACACGCGCUGUGGCUGUGGUGGUUUAGGCUGCUGGAGGGACCGGAGGCCUGUGGUCGUUUUGAUCCUGGACUGAUGUUUUGGGCCACCUGAGUUUUAAUGUUCGCGACGGAAAGCGGGGGAAAUCUCUGCCCUGUAUUUAAAGCGGAACAUGUCUUUUUCAUGGCUGACUUGUUCACUUCUUCUGGGAACUUUAUGCGCAGGGUACAGUCUUGGCGAAGCGGAGACCCGGGAGUGUGUGUACUACAACGAUAACUGGCGUUCGGAGAGGACCAACCAGAGCGGCUUCGAGCGUUGCGAGGGGGAAAAGGACAAGCGUCUGCACUGUUAUGCCUCCUGGCUCAACUCCUCAGGGACUAUCAAACUGGUGAAGAAAGGCUGCUGGCUGGAUGACUUCAACUGCUAUGACAGGCAAGAGUGCGUCUCCAUGGAGGAAAACCCUCAGGUCUUCUUCUGCUGCUGCGAGGGCAACUACUGCAAUGAACGAUUCACCCACCUUCCCGACUUGAUUGGCAGUGGCAACCGAGUGAAAAUCCAGCCUCCACCCCGAGUACCGUCCCUGCUCAAUGUGCUGGUGUACUCCCUGCUGCCUCUCUGUGUGCUGUCCCUGGCCCUCGUUCUGGCCUUGUGGAUGUACCGCCACCGCAAACCUCCCUACGGCCAUGUAGACCUGAGCGAGGAUCCAGGGCCAGCUCCGCCAUCUCCCUUGGUGGGUCUGAAACCAUUGCAGCUUCUAGAAAUCAAAGCUAGGGGGCGCUUUGGUUGCGUUUGGAAGGCCCAGUUAAUGAAUGAAUAUGUUGCUGUUAAGAUCUUCCCAGUUCAGGAUAAGCAGUCAUGGCAAAAUGAGCGCGACAUAUUCUUGACUCCGGGGAUGAGACAUGAAAAUAUCUUGCGUUACAUUGCUGCAGAGAAGCACGGAACCAACAUGGAGACGGAGCUGUGGCUUAUCUCGGAGUUUCAUGAAAGGGGAUCCUUGACAGACCACCUGAAGGGCAACACUGUGACCUGGACAGAAUUGUGUCACAUAGCAGAGACCAUGUCCCGCGGUUUGGCUUACCUUCAUGAGGACAUUCCCAGUUACAAGGGAGAGGGGCCUAAACCUACAAUUGCACACAGGGACUUCAAGAGCAAGAAUGUGUUACUACGAGAUGACUUAACUGCAGUCAUUGGUGACUUUGGGCUUGCUGUAAGAUUCGAGCCAGGAAAACCUCCUGGGGAUACUCAUGGACAGGUGGGUACGAGGCGUUACAUGGCCCCAGAGGUGCUGGAGGGAGCCAUCAACUUUCAGCGAGACUCCUUCCUGAGGAUAGACAUGUACGCUAUGGGCUUGGUGCUGUGGGAGCUGGUGUCCCGUUGCUCCGACACAGAUGGAACAGUUGGCGAGUACAUGCUGCCAUUUGAGGAUGAAAUAGGCCAGCAUCCCUCCCUGGAGGAUCUGCAGGAUGUGGUGGUGCACAAGAAGAUGCGUCCAGUCAUCAAGGACUCCUGGCUCAAGCAUCCUGGGCUGAGCCACAUGUGUGAGACCAUCGAGGAAUGCUGGGACCACGACGCAGAGGCUCGACUGUCUGCAGGUUGUGUCGAGGAGCGCAUCGGCCAGAUCUCCAGGACAAUAGGCAGCACUACCUCAGACAGCCCCAUCUCUUUAGUCACGUCUCUCAUCAACGAGGACCUACCUCCCAAAGAGUCCAGCACCUGAAUGGGUGACACCAUCUUUCACCUGAGCUCCUGACUUUUUAUUUUUCAAACCCAAACUCAGCAGAUUUUCGUGAAUAUUUAAAAAAACAUAUAUAUAAAAAAACAAAAGAAAAACAACAACAAAAAAAUACAUCUAGCAACUUAAAUGCAGCUGCUAUUUUAUCCCAAUACUGGUAUUUUUUUCCUGUUUUUAAAGUGUGUGUGCGUGUGUGUGUGUUUCAAGUCGGAUCCUACUAACACAUCCAUCUGCUGUAGUUGAAGUAGUAAUAAGCUAUGCGAUGGGCACAUCUGAUAACACCCAUGUGUCAAAUCUUAAAUGUUGUCAUUACCUCAUGUGUUUCUUUUGUGUUAGUCUAUAUUCUUUUUUUUUUUCUUUCUUUUUUUUCUUCUUUUUUUUAAAUUACCUCAUGAGUUGUCAUCGUCGUAUUUCGCGUCGUGGUCCUGAUCGUCUGCGGCCAAAUGAAAUGAACCUUUUUGCUCCAAACCUCAGACGACGUGCUGCACACCUCGGAGGAACCGUUUUGAGACUGUUAGACAACAUAAAUACAUCUUCCUCAGGGGUUGAAGCUUCUCGAUUUUGAAACUCUGAGUGCGCUCCCUUAUUUUAAACCUGUGAUUUCCUCAAAAUGAAAAACGGAAAAAAAAAGUUUCAGAAAACAAAAACCGGAGCACAGCUGUUUUAUUGUAAGGGAGGGAGCUAAAUGGGAGCUGUUUUGGACAUUUUGGACUUGGAUUUGGGGCAAGUGUCUUGUCCUCGGGGAACUACCUCUCAGGUAUUCAGUAGGCUUCUUUGGAACAUUUUCUCUAAGUUAAGAGCCGAGCUAUCGAGCUAGCUAUCAUGGACAUAUUCCUGGAUUUUUUUUUUUUUUAUUUUUUUUUUUAAUUUGUUUGAAUUCAGAGUUACUCCUUUGCCAGUGCCAGGGGCAUUGCUGGAUGCUGUCUGAAGUUGCAAUGUUACACAUUCUUAAUUUGAACUGUGUGAGUGAGUGUGUGAGUGAAUCUGAAAAUGAAAUGAUGUGAGAUGGAUAGAAAGUUUUUAAAGUGAGAGUCAUGGGCCAUACUUGAGUAAGCAACAUGUCUGUUUUUUAAUUUCCAUGAGUGCGUGUUCAAUAGACUCAGUCGGACACCAGUUCCCAGAUACCUCAGUCACUGUAUGUCAUGCAAGGAGAGCUCAAAUGGUUGCCUUUUGUCUCAAAUGCAAUGCCAUAGUUGUACCAUAACAUGAAUACCAUACAUUGAAUGUCCGUUAUGCUGCUGUGACUAUUCCAGGAUACUCAAGGAUUUGUAGAUGUACAUGCAUUCUUUGUUAAUAUAACGCUAACAUGUGAUUACUAUCCACGAUAUAAUGUGAGGCUAAUAUUCUGUUUUUGUGUGUUUUUUAUUUUGACUGGGUAAGCCGUCAGGUGCUUACUCCUACAGACUGACCUCAGAUAUUCUGAAAAGUACCUCAGGCUUUUUCUACAUGUAUAUCAAAUUGUGUUAUGUAUUUUAUUGUGUUUUUGGUAGUUGAGAUAUUUUAUUGCUGGUUGGGCCUCUUGUCUGUUGAGAUUGAGAUUUGAUUUUUCUUUUUUUUUUUUUUUUUUAGGAGUCUGACCAGUUUUCAUGGUGUUAAUUCUCUACAAAUCUAAAAGAAGAUGGGCAGAUUUAUGUAAAUAUGGGUGUACACACAGAUGGCGAACACUGCUCAGUGUUUUUUGGGGUGGGUUUCUCUCUCUCUCUCUCUCUCUCUCUCUCUCUCUCUCUCUCUCUCUCUCUCUCUCUCUCUCUCUCUCUCUCUCUCUCUCUCUCUCUCUCUCUCUCUCUCUCUCUCUCUCUCUCUCUCUCUCUCUCUCUCUCUCUCUCUCUCUUUUUUUAAUAACACAAAAUCAGGGCAUUAAUGUUCUCAUUUUGCAGAAAUGGAAGAGAUUUCUCAGUUCCACCUCUAUAUAUUUAAAUAAUUUUUAUAACUAGCCCUGCAUAAUAAUUUUGUUUUUCUUUUGGUAGAGAGUGGCGGUUACUGAUUUCAGUGAAUUUCAGUGAAUAAUGGUAUCGGUCCCUCUGGAUCAGAAGCUGUGUGGGUUGCACUUUGCAUUAUAGAGCUCAGUGUGUAUAUUAUCAAGAACAAACAGAAAAAAAAUACAGAUUCCUUUUGUGAUUUGGCUUCCUGUUUUGAACAGUAUUGCCUCAAUAUUAACCUGCUGAUGUGAUGUUCAGACCUGUUUAGUGCUAGUUUAGCCACAUUGGACAACACACGGGCUCAUCUGUUGUACGUUGAUUAGUGCUGUGGAAAGAUGGUGAUUUUUAACAGUGAUCUGUAAUGCUUGCCGAUGUGCAGUUUUGGUAAAGGACACUAGAAAAAAAAAUCAGUCAAAAUGGAACAAUUACUUAACAUUUUUAAAGUGUUUGGAGAUCAUCGUGUUUGUACCUACAUUGAUCGACUGAUGAUGCAGCACCAUUGGGAGUCAUGUGAGCGGUGGCAUGUGCAUGGUCCGAGGGUCCAGCAAUAUUUAUUAUACAGCAAUAGUCAUUCGAAUAUCAUAGUUUAAGACAUUUAAACUCAGCUGUGACUUAGCAGGUUUCUUCUGCAGAUCAAUAAACUACAUCUCAUCACACCUGGACCAUGUCCUGAUGGCGUGGACGCGCUAAAGUCUCCUGAUAAGUUGGGGGGGGAAAUGCUGACGGUUGCAUUUUUAAUGUGAACUGAGCAUGGCCCAGGUGCUUUCACGAAUUGUGCCAGAAAUAAAACAGCAGUCGCGUAGGGGAUAUCUGCUGCGGUCUGUUGUUACCUCCAAAUGCUGUCUUACACCCAGCUCUUCUGAACAGAAAAACCAGUUACCUCAUGCAGUACCUCAUUAGUAACACUAACAUGGAGUCAGCCUCAUCUUCAACAAAAAGAAAAGAAAAAAUGUAUCAAUUAUUGCGUGUGUAUAUAUCUAUAUAUACAUAUAUAUUUGACAAAUGUAAAGGUUUUCUUCCUUUUCAUGUGUGAAUCCUGUGAAAGAAAUCUUUUUGUUUUGUUUUUUUAAAGUUCACAGUCAACAUUGUUCAUUUCUUGUCGUGUGGCUGGAUGUUUGACUGAAUUGUGUGACUUUCCCUGUUUAUGUGAACUGUGUGUGUGGGGUGUAUGUUGGUUGAUGAUUUCACUAAAACAGUACGAAUGGUAAUUUUAUCUGUGAAACAAAAUGCUUAGAAAUAUAAACUAGAUGAGAAUAGUCAUCCUUUUGUAUAUGAAAAUAAAGA